AAAAAAAAUGAGGAAAAAACAAAUAAAAUACGUUUCCCCAUUCCCUUUUCUCAACUGAAAAACCGUUAAUGGGUCCCGCACUUACCGUUACCUCUGCUCCUUCUUUCUCUUCGUUCCAAUUCACCGACAUUCUUCUUUCACAAAUUUCCCCAGAUUGAAAAUCUGAUCCGAACCCUAAUUGCAAUUUCCAACCCAGAUUUCGAUUCUUUCUUCUUUCUGCCCAAUAAUUCAUUCAUGCAUUUCCAGCUUUCUUAAACAUGGACGAAAUUUCUGCACAAGGAUCAUUUCGCAGUCUGCAAAUUAAAUGAUCCAUUAAUUAAGAAGAAGAAAAAAAAUCAUAUUUUGGAAGAUUUUAUGCUGCAAAAUUGGUGGAUUUGAAGAGAAUUAAAGAAAGAAUAGCGAUUGGUUGCGAGUGACGAGAUGUCUAAUUUGUAUGGUGGGGAUUUCAAUCAGAAGAUCGAUUAUGUGUUUAAGGUUGUUUUAAUCGGAGAUUCUGCCGUCGGAAAAUCCCAAUUGCUCGCUAGGUUUGCUCGUAACGAAUUCAGCCUCGAAUCGAAGGCCACCAUCGGUGUCGAAUUUCAGACCAAAACUCUCCUCAUUGAUCACAAAACUGUCAAGGCUCAGAUUUGGGACACUGCUGGUCAAGAAAGGUACCGGGCGGUGACGAGUGCUUAUUACAGAGGUGCAGUGGGUGCAAUGCUGGUGUACGACAUGACAAAGCGUCAGUCUUUCGACCACAUGGCCAGGUGGCUAGAGGAGCUGAGAGGCCACGCAGACAAGAACAUAGUCAUAAUGCUUAUAGGCAACAAGUCCGAUUUAGGUACUCUUAGAGCUGUUCCGACGGAAGAUGCUCAAGAAUUCGCCGAACGAGAAAAUCUCUACUUUAUGGAAACAUCUGCACUCCAGGCAACAAAUGUCGAGAGUGCCUUUAUGACAAUUCUGACGGAAAUUUAUCGGAUUGUGAGUAAGAAGACUUUGGUUGCGGGUGACGGGUCGGAUUAUUCGAAGUCCACUUCUCUUAAGGGUACGCGGAUCAUUGUUCCGGGUCAGGAUUCUGACCCGAAUGCUAAAAAGGGCGGGUGUUGCAUAGGCUCGUGAUUCUUAAUUUUUUU